CAUGACGUCUUGGGUCAGCUGACAUUCGCUCACGCUCACAUGAUUUCCUAUUUUUCACAUUUCUUUUUCUGCUUGGAAUAACUUGGGGACAAAUUUGGAGAAGCCGGUUACCGGCUGGUGGCGUUCGGGCCAGUUUGGACCCAUGAAGACAAGUGUUAAUAGCUAGCAGCUAGCUACGUUUUUUUGUUUUGUUGCUUCGCCGCGUUUUUUCAGAGGCGAGCGGAGCGAGCAACAACAAGCGACACGAAUUUAACCCUGUAACACAAUCAACAGAUGUCGUGACAUCAUCGGAGGUGCUUCAAAAUGAGUCCUGAGGGGAAGAAGCUGAUGAACAUCAUUGUUCUGGGCGUGGGCUUCAUGUUCAUUUUCACCGCCUUCCAGACAUGCGGCAACAUCGAGCAAACUGUCAUCAAGAGCUUCAACAGCACCACCUUCCAUGCUAGCGGCUACACUAGCAUGGCGAUCAUCUACGGCGUGUUCUCGGCAUCCAAUCUCCUGGCGCCGUCAGUAGUGGCAGUAGCGGGAGCGCAGCUUUCCAUGUUCUUCAGUGGGCUGCUGUACAGCGCCUAUAUUGCUGUCUUCGUAUACCCGUACACGUGGAGCUUCUACACCGCAUCAGUUCUGGUGGGCGCGGGCGCCGCCGUGCUGUGGACGGCGCAGGGCAACGUGCUGGCGCUCAACUCGGGCCCCGUCACCAUCGGCAGGAACAGCGGCAUCUUUUGGGCCCUGCUGCAGUUCAGUUUACUGUUUGGCAACCUGUUCAUCUUCUGCGCCUGGCACGGACACGAGCACAUCUCAGACAAAGACCGUCAAACUGUGUUCAUCUCCCUGACGGUCAUCAGCCUGGUGGGUUGUUUCCUCUUUUUCCUGAUCCGGACACCUGACCCCGACCUCGAACCGGCUCCCUGUGAUCCAUCCGAGGCCCCACUGCUGCCGUCUGACUCUGGCGAAAGUACACUCGGUUCUACCAACUGUCACGUCUGCUGGCAAGCGGCGGACGCUUUCGUGCAAGCGUGCAAGAUGCUGGUGACCAAGGAGAUGUUGCUGCUCAGCCUGGCCAUUGCGUACACAGGCGUGGAGCUGACAUUCUACAGCGGCGUGUACGGCACCUGCGUGGGCGCCACGCGGGCCUUCGGGCCGGAUGCCAAGAGCCUGGUGGGCCUGUCGGGCAUCUUUGUAGGCUUGGGCGAGAUUUUGGGCGGUGGCGCCUUCGGCUUGCUGAACAAGCGCGGCAGACUGGGCCGCAACCCCGUGGUGAUGCUUGGCCUGCUGGCGCACUACUUGGCCUUCUUUCUCAUCUUCAUCAACAUAGCCGACGAUGCCCCUCUGGCGCCCGAGGAGGGGACGCGGCUCCACGCUUAUAUCCAACCCAGUGUGGCCGUGGCCUUGCUGUGCAGCUUCCUGUUGGGUUUGGGCGACAGCUGCUUUAACACGCAACUGCUCAGCAUUAUUGGCUUCACUUUUCGCAACAACAGCGCCCCUGCCUUCGCCGUUUUCAAGUUUAUACAGUCCAUCCUAGCGGCCUUGGCGUUCUUCUACAGCAAUUUCCUGGCACUGAGCUGGCAGCUACUCAUCAUGGUGGCGCUGGGCUUCGCCGGCACACUCACUUUCUUUGCCGCUGAGCGGCACACCCAGGCUGUCGCCUGCCAGGACCUCCGCCAUGAAGGAAUCUAAUGAAGAUUUUAUGAUUUUUAAUGAACUUGCUGAAUGUUCACCUGAACGACAAGAAGGGAAAAAAGUGUUUACCUCAAACAUCUUUGAAAUUAAAAAAGAACAUUAAAAUCCAUGAGCAAAACUUUUGGAUAAUUUUUGUUUUCACCACAAGCGGGUGACAUAAAUAUUUGAACUUCAGUGCUUGUGCAGAUGCAUCUGAUCCAAACGACUGAACGUCCAUCGCCAUCAAAGGCACUGAAACUGCAUCUUGAAUGCGUUCAAGGGAAGAAUGUUAAAAAGACAAAUGAUAUUCAUGUUUUUCCAGAAUGAAUAGUGCAAAAAAAGAUUUCUGCUAACUUUUAGGGAU